UUCAACAUGGAGUACGGAGAAAAAAAAGGCAGCGCCACCCUAAACUUCUCAAUUCAAUUCAAAUGUCUUUAACUUUGUGCUCACAAAAACAGCGCAGUCACACUUGGAAAUGCCACAAGCUUACCCGGAUCCUCGGACGUCAUUAGAGUGCCUGUAUUUUUAUUUUAUUUUAUUUUGAAUUUUUUUUUCCAGCAACCGCGCUAACCGGCGGGCAGCAGCAUAAGAAAGUGCUAGAACAACUUCCAACAACAACAUCACAUUCGAAUAAUCGAUAAGAGGAGGCGGAUAUCAUCGGAAGUUACUUCCGCUCAGCGUAUCAACUUGUGGGGUAACCACGUGAGGGUUACGAGGUGAAAGGUGACGCCAGGUUUGUUUACUUAAGAAUGCAGAAUGUGGCAAGUGUGUCCGCCUCCCUGGGCUCCAUGGGGCUGCUGCGUCUCUGCGGUGUGUCCUGGCCGUGGUCGCUGGCAGCAGGACUCGCCAUGUAUUUGGGCACAACGAGCUGGAAGUACUUUUACAUAGCGGCAAGGACCGCCAAGAGAGACCUCAUUGGUCUGUAUGUGCUGCUCAGAGUAAGGCUGGCGUUGUGGCGCUUCAUGCGCAACGGAAGCAACGUACCCUCCAUUUUCUCAGAAACUGUGAAGCGCAACCCAAACAAGAUUGCGCUGAUCUACGAGGCCACGGGGGAAACGUGGACCUUCACCCAGCUAGAUCUUCUGUCUAACUCGGUGGCCAACUGGGCCAGACAUCAGGGCUGGAUCUCGGGGGACGUGGUGGCCCUCUUCAUGGAGAGUCGGCCGCUGCAAGUGGCGCUCUGGCUGGGCCUGGCCAAGGUCGGGGUGGAAGCUGCUCUAAUCAACUUCAACCUCCGCCGCGACUCCCUCCUGCACUGUGUCGGGGUGUCCAAGUCUCGAGCUAUUGUGUUUGGAGCUGAGCUUGCAGAUGCCAUGUUGGAGGUCAGUUCCUCUCUCGGUCAGUCCAUGGUGCGGUUUUGUACCGGAGACCUAAACGUUCAUCAGCUGGCCUACCUGGUUGCGACACCCCUGGAUCCCAUUUUAGCGUCUAUGCCGGGGUACACCUCUUCCGCUUGUAUCCCCCAGAAAAGCAUGAGCGAUCGUUUGUUUUACAUAUACACCUCUGGCACCACAGGGAUGCCCAAGGCGGCUAUUGUUGUGCAUAGUCGGUAUUACAGGAUCGCCGCUUUCGGCUACUAUGCUUUUGGCAUGUGUCCAGAGGACAUCAUGUACGACUGUCUUCCUCUGUAUCACUCAGCAGGUAAUAUCAUGGGCGUGGGCCAAUGUCUGAUGCACGGUCUCACUGUUGUAGUGAAGAAGAAAUUCUCAGCAAGCCGCUUCUGGGAUGACUGCAUCAAAUACAAUUGCACAGUGAUCCAGUACAUUGGAGAAAUAUGUCGCUACCUCCUGUCUCAGCCUGUGCGACCGUCGGAAAAGGGCCACAAAGUUCGCCUGGCCGUGGGAAACGGUCUGCGGCCCAGCGUGUGGGAGGCCUUUACCGAUCGCUUUGGAGUGAAGAAGAUCGGCGAGUUCUACGGCGCCACCGAGUGCAACUGUAGCAUCGCCAAUUUGGAUGGCAAGGUGGGCGCGUGUGGAUUUAACAGUCGCAUCCUGCCCAACGUCUACCCCAUCCGCCUGGUUAGAGUGGACGAGGACACAAUGGAGCUGGUCCGGGGCAAGCGUGGCCUCUGUGUGCCCUGUCAACCCGGAGAGCCAGGGCUCCUGGUAGGUCGCAUCAACCAGCAGGACCCCUUGAGGCGCUUUGACGGCUAUGCUAAUCAUGAAGCUACAAAGAAGAAAAUAGCCCAUAAUGUCUUCAAAAAGGAUGAUUCGGCGUACUUGUCAGGUGAUGUUUUGGUGAUGGAUGAGCUGGGCUACAUGUACUUCCGGGACCGCGGUGGCGACACUUUCCGCUGGCGAGGAGAGAACGUGUCCACCAUAGAAGUGGAGGGCAUACUCAGCAGCCUCCUGGGUCAGACUGAUGUGGCCGUGUAUGGCGUGGCAGUGCCAGGUGUCGAAGGGAAGGCAGGCAUGGCCGCAAUUGCAGACGCCGACGGCACUUUUGACUGCAGCAUGUUCCUGGAGAGGAUUCAGUCAGCGCUCCCGUCGUAUGCUCGACCUGUGUUCCUGCGACUCUCGCCGAGCGUCGAUACCACGGGUACUUUCAAAAUCCAGAAAACCAGACUGCAGCGGGAGGGCUUUGACCCCCGCCUCACCAGCGACCGCAUCUACUUCUUAAAUGCCAAAUCUGCGCCUUACGUGGCGGUAGACGAGGAGCUCUACGUCGCCAUAGUGGAAGGCCGUGUGCAUUUAUGACAUGAACUACGGUCGCGGCGCCUGGCUUUACAUUCCAGGCCCUAGACGAAGAUGAAGUCUUUUCUGCACCACUUGACCAGAGUUUAACGCCUUCAGGGACACACAGUUGAGGUGACUACUCACUCUUUAGGAAGUACUUUGACACAGUAUUCCUCUUUUAUUUAACACUGCAGGGAUAAGAUUUCAAUAACACCCAUACAAUAAACACCUUCUUCCGUGUAGCGUGGCCUUAGGAGGACAAUAUGGUUGCUCGGACCUACCGGCCAGGGAUUUCAAUGUAGGAUUUAUUCUUUUAGUUUGAUACUUGUAUUGUGUGUCAGGGUGAAGCCUCUGCUCAGAGGGUUAUAGAUCAAAUACUAAUAGUUGUUUUCUUUUAAUGCAGUGCACGAAAUCUAAUGUUAAUCUAAAAAUGUGCCUUAUGACUGUGUGUGUGUGUGUGUGUGCGUGUGUGUGUGUGUUUGUGCGUGUGUUUUGAAGGACUGCUAAAGAAAGUAUGGUCACCUUUUUAGCUCUCAUCAUACAACACGGGGCCACAUUGCAGUUAUGGUUGCCCUCAGAGGGCCACUUGUAACUGGAACUAUUUAAAUGUAAGUAUAAUAGACUUAUAUUAUGACUUAAUUGCCCGUGCAUUUGAUUAUUAGUGUUUUUGAAACCAACAAUAGGCAUCUAUUUUUGAAUGUUUUUUGGCAACUAAACAUUUUUGAAAUAUUUUAUUGCAUUAAAUAAUGUUAGUUAAUAACAAAUGCAUUUCGCUUAUUAAAUGACGAAGCCCCCGGGCUCCUAGUUUGACACCUGUAAUGUAAAUCAUUUGAAAAUAUUCACAUAGUUAUCACAUCAUAGAUCGGGUUUCUAAAAGAUUUUAAUAUAUGGUGACAGAUUGUGAUUCUCACUCAAAUUAAACAGUGACAUCUUAAAACGA